AAAAAAAUCGUGUAUGACCCCAUUAUCCAUUUGAAGUUCAUGUGACAAAGUGAGGUUAUGUUCGCUAUAUUUCCAAAAAACUAUUUUUUAUCAUAAUGACCACAUCAACUGAAGAAAAUUUACAAGAACCAUCCACAAGUACAAAGAAAAUUAUUAAAAAACCAAAACGUGGUAUCAUUUAUUUAUCGAGUAUUCCCCCUUAUUACAAUGUAACCAAAAUACGAGAAACGUUUGGGGAGCUGGGUAAAAUAGGAAGAGUUUAUUUAGAAUUGGCUGAUAAAGAAUCUAUUCCAAAUGAAAAAAAGUCAAAGAAACGAAAAACAGCAAAAAAGUUUGUUGAAGGUUGGGUUGAGUUUGAACGAAAAUCUGUGGCGAAAAAAGUAGCCCAACUUUUAAAUAAUUCCCAAGUGAGUACACGGAAGAAAUCAAAACUUUACGAUUGCAUGUGGAACAUAAAAUAUUUAUCUGGGUUUAAAUGGACUCAUCUCCAUGAAAGAUUAGCUUAUGAAAAGGCGGCCAAAAAGCAACGAUUAAAAGCUGAAAUUGAACUUGCUAAGAAGACUACUAAUAUUUUUACAUCUAGAGUUAAAAAAUAAAAGAAUUGUUUUAAUUUUUA